AUGUCUAAACAGCACUUCAAAGUGUGUUUUUGUUUCAAAAGAAUGUUUAGGCUCAACGUGGCUGAACCUCCAGAGGAAAUCAACAUUGUUUUUGAUGAGCAUUCACAAAAUGGUGUCAUGAGCAUGGAUGACUUGUACCAGUUUUUAGUUCAAUUUCAAGGAGAAGAAGAUGGUGAUGCCACCAAUAAACUUGCUCAAGCUGUUUUUGACAGUUUCAAGCAUCUCAACAUAUUUCAAAGGAAGGGUCUUCAUGUUGAUGCCUUCUUCCGUUUUCUCUUAAGUGACCUUAAUGGUCCCCUUGCUGAGGUGCACCAUGACAUGAAUUUUCCGUUGGCACAUUAUUUCCUAUACACGGGGCACAAUUCCUACUUAACUGGAAAUCAAGUUAGCAGUGCUAGCAGCACCUCACCAAUAAUAAAGGCAUUGAAGAAAGGAGUUAGAGUAAUUGAGCUAGAUUUAUGGCCAAAUUCCAGAUACGAUGAUGUGCAAGUUCAUCAUGGAGGAACUCUAACUUCAUCAGUGAAACUCAAAGCAUGUUUGAAUGCCAUUAAGGAGUAUGCAUUUGUCACCUCUCCUUAUCCUGUUGUCAUAACUUUUGAAGACCAUAUAACUCGACCUCUUCAAGCCAAAGUGGCCAGGAUGGUGGAUGACAUAUUUGGAGACAUGUUGUUUCGCCCUCAUUCACAACCAAUGAAGCAAUUCCCUUCUCCAGAAAAAUUGAAGGGAAAAAUUUUGAUUUCAACUAAACCACCAGAGUCUCAUGAAAGUGAGGGUCAGAAGGAAGAAGGACAGAGGCUUGAGGACAAAGGUGACAAAUUUAGAAUCGAUUCUAAGGAUGGUGUUGAAUACAAGGAUUUGAUAUCCAUUCGUGCAGGGAAGCCAAAAGGUAAGUUGGAAAAGUGGCUCAUGGAUCAGGAUGAUCAAGUGAGGCGUCUUAGCUUGAGUGAGCAAGAACUUGAACAUAUUGCUAAAACUCAUUCAACUGACCUUGUCAGAUUCACCCAAAGAAAUUUGCUUAGAAUAUAUCCAAAGGGUAUGCGUCUGGACUCGUCUAAUUACGAUCCCAUGAUUGGAUGGAUGCAUGGAGCUCAAAUGGUAGCAUUUAAUAUGCAGGGAGGUGGACACUUUCUUAGGUACAUGGAAGGAAUGUUCAGAGCCAAUGGUGGCUGUGGUUAUGUUAAAAAACCAGACAUCUUGUUGAAUGUUGGCCACGAUAAUGAGGUUUUUGAUCCAAGAGCAAGCCGAAAACCCAAGAAAACUCUUCAGGUUUUGGUAUACAUGGGUGAGGGGUGGCAUUCAGAUUUCGGCCCAACCCACUUUGACAUUUAUUCUCCUCCUGACUUCCGUGUACAGAUAGGUAUUCAUGGUGUCCCAGAUGAUACAGAUACCAAAUACACAAGAACAAUUGAAGAUGAUUGGGUACCAGUAUGGAAUGAGAUGUUCAGUUUUCCAUUAACUGUUCCAGAAUUGGCCCUUUUGUACAUAAAAGUUAUUGAGCGUGACUUUUCUGGAAGACAUGAUUUUGGUGGACAAACAUGUUUACCUGUAUCUGAAUUAAGAGAAGGCAUUCGUGCAGUUCGUUUGUGUAAUCGCAAGGGUGAACCUUACAAAUCAGUUAGGCUUCUGAUCCAACUUCAUUUUGUUACUAAUACAACUCCAUAG